UUUUUUGAACUCACUUUUCAUCACUCUCUGAGAAAGUCACAAAGCCAUGGAAGACGUAGACAUUGCUCCGAUUGCAACGUCGGCAGCAGCAGUGGUUCAGCUGGACGAAGAAGCCGAAAGCACACUCGACGAGCCCAUCUCGGUCACUCUGAAACGCGAUCUGCUCAUGGUGUUUGAAAAGUUCUUCAUGGUGCUCAUCCCGCGGUUAAACAACAAGCGCAUCCUACACGAUUGGGACUUGUGGGGUCCGUUAAUCCUCUGCGUCACUUUGGCCAUGAUGCUCCGCGACACGGCACGCGACGAUCAGAAGAGCCUUGUCUUCAGUGGCGUCUUUGUCAUUGUCUGGUGCGGUGCUGCCGUCGUCACGCUCAAUUCAAAGCUCCUCGGUGGGACGCUCUCGUUCUUCCAGAGUGUAUGCGUGCUUGGUUAUUGCUUGCUGCCUCUGGUCGCCGGCACUCUCAUCAUCCGAACCCUCGCGCUGAUGAGCCUUGCCUCGGUGCCGGUGCGCAGCGUGGUUGUUCUUCUAGGCUUGGCAUGGGCACUAUUUGCCUCCAUGGGAUUCCUCGGAGAUAGUCAGCCCGUCAAUCGAAAAGCAUUGGCCGUCUACCCAAUGUUUCUCUUUUAUUUUGUAAUCAGCUGGCUUAUCUUUGUCCAGCCUGUCAGCGACUGAACACAUUCUAGAAUAAAUACGAAACAAUGCCCGUCUGAAACCCCAAUUGAGGCGAGUUUGAUG